AUGGCUUAUGAGUCUCCAAAACAAGCCUGGGAUAGGCUGAAGAAGGAGUUUCAAGGGACUGAAAGAAUGAGACAACAACAACUAUUGAAUUUGAGAAGGAACUUUAAAAUUUUGAAGAUGAAGGAAGAAAAAACAGUGAAGCAAUAUUCAGACAGAAUCAUGGUUGUUGUGAACAGCAUCAAAUUGCUUAGGGAUCAGUUUAGUGAAGGAAGAUUUGUAGAGAAGGUUAUCUCAACCUUGCCUGAGAGAUAUGAAGCCAAGAUUUCUUCCCUGGAAGAUUCAAGAGAUCUGAACAGAGAAAAGCUAGCAGGUAGGAGGAGCAUCAAGAAAGUGCCUUCCAAGCCAAGAGCAGACCUACCUCGAGCUCCUCUGGCCACAAAGGGAAGAAGACCUGGUCAGACAAGCCUAGAAGAGAUGGAGCAAGAAAAAGGUAUCCACCUUGCCCACAUUGCAAAAGGCUCAGUCAUCCAGAAGCAAAUUGUUGGUUCAGGCCUGAUCUGCAGUGCAAAGUCUGCAAAAGGAUGGGCCAUUCUGAUAAGGUUUGCAGAAACAAAGUGGCUGGACAAACCACAUGACCCUAAUGCUGCUAUCUUCAAGAACAUAGAUAGAAGCUUUAAAACAAGGGUAAAAGUUGGCAAUGGACACUUCAUCAAAGUAAAAGGCAAGAGAGAUGUGCUGAUUGACACUCCUACAGGUACCAAACUUGUUUCUAAUAUCUUGUUUAUGCCUGAAAUUGAUAGAAAUCUGCUUAGUAUUGCUCAGUUGCUUGAAAAAGGAUACUCGGUUGUAUUCAAAGGCAAAGAACGCCAAAUUAGAGAUCUAAGUGGAUCCAAACUCAUGUCAAUGACCAUGGCUGACAGAAGUUUUGUAGUGGAUUGGAACAAUAGUUCAGAUAGUGCUUACACAGUUGUCUUAGAUAAGUCUAAGUUAUGGCACAAAAGGCUAGGUCAUGACAACUACAAGUCACUAGUUCAACUGACAAAAGGGGACUUGGUUGAAAACUUCUCCAAAUCAGUCGAGAAAGAAGAUGUUUGUGAAGCCUGGAAAGCCUCUGAAAAGCUGCAACUACUCCACACUAAUGUGUACAACCCUAUGAAGAUACAGUCUUUGAAUGGCAGCAGUAAAAAAGGACAAGUUAGCCAAGAAGGCUUAACCUGGCAUCUUGAUGGGCUACAACAGUGUGAAGAAAAGAUUGAAGCUGAUCAAAAUGAUCCUGAAAUGAACAUUAAUGAUGUGUUAGUUAGGGGAACAAGACCAUUGGCUGAAAUAUAUGAGAGGACUGAUGUGGCUGCUGUUGAACCAAGUUGUUUUGAAGAGGCUGAAGCUCAAUAA